AUGGGCGGGGUUCAGGUUAUGAAGGUCGAGGAAGAGAAAGGAGAAGGCGUCCAUCGCAACAGCCAGCAACUGCAGCAGUCACUUCUGUUCACUACAUAUACGGUCAAUAUUCUAGUAGUGACCGGUGUCUUUCUAAAAAUAAUGUGGUCUCGAAAUGUUGCACUGGUCUUCUGUCUCCUUGGUGGAGUUACCGCUAUUGGAGAAAAUGCGAUGGAUUUCCAAGCCAUUACUGGUAUUCUUGGAGGAAUUGGAAAAAUGCUCGAAAGCAAAAUUGACACCAUCAAUGUCCCUGCGGAGAUGGUUAUGGGAAAAUGGUUCCAGAUGUACAAGGCUGCUAUGAACUUUGAUGUUGUCCGCACCACAAUGUUCUGCCCAGUUGCUUAUUUCUCUCCUAAUCCGAUAAUGGGUGAAGAAGGAUUCUCGAUGCAAGAAGCUUACAGAGUGGUUUCAAAAACUGGACCAAUUGAGACUUACAAAAGAGACAUGAACAAAGUUGGACCAGGACAAUACUGGAUGUACACUGAAGAGUACUUCUACCCAAGACAAUUUUACAUUAUCGGAGCUGGACCAUCUUUCAAUAAUGGCACCAGAAAUUCUACCGAGCCACUCCAAUACUUGAUUGCUUCUGAUGCUAACCGACUUUCCCUCAUGGUUUAUGCUAGAGAUCCUCUUGUAUUUUUCCAGAAGUACAACAAGGAGGUUGUUGAGUUCAUGAAUGGACACGGAUUUGGAGGAAAUGUCUUCUGGAACAGCCCAAAGCCAAUUUACCAAGGACCAGACUGCGAAUGGCCUUCUGAAAAGGAGGUCUUUGCCAGAAGAGUUUUGAAAAACCAAGAAAUGAACGAGCGCAACAAGAAUGGAACUUCAGACCCAAUUCUUUCCGGAAUGCCACUUGCCGACAUGAUCCGCGACCCAAAGCGUACUUUGGAAAGACUAGUUGGAACAAAAGCUUUGCAACAAGCCACCGCCGGAAUCACAGCCGGUCCACCAGCCAGCCGUAGCGAGUGACCUCAUUCUACCAUUUUUCGCCAUUUUUCCAGUACUUCUACCAUUUUCUCUUAAUAAUCUCUUUCCAAUUUCUUCACGCACUAAUUAUCAAUCUGUGAUCCUUUAAUUAUUGUCUACAUGUAUUAAUAAUAAUAUUAAUAAUGCAAUUAAUAAGACACGGUUCCGUGUUCCUUCCGUUGUAUCUCAUUGUCUUUUGAAAAAAGAAAAGUUAAUUCAAUAAAUUUGUAAGUUCAUUUUGAAU